AUGCCGGCUAUAUGUGACCCCAAUCGUUUCGCCCAUCGUGCGGUGGUGCUGAUUCUCAUGUGUUUUCUAGGCUUCGGUAGCUAUUUCUGCUAUGACAAUCCAGCAGCACUACAAACACAGGUCCAGUUGGACAUGAAGGUGAAUACAGCAAAUUUCAUGCAGUUAUAUGCAUUUUACUCCCUGGCCCAAUGUUGUUCUUUGUUUCUUUGGAGGAUUUUUGAUUGACCGGGUAUUUGGAAUUCGAUUGGGAACAAUUAUAUUUAGUCUCUUUGUAUGCGCUGGACAGGUUAUAUUUGCAACUGGAGCCUUAUUUAAUGCUUUUUGGUUAAUGGAAGCUGGUCGGCUGGUAUUUGGGAUUGGUGGGGAAUCGCUUGCAGUUGCACAAAAUACGUAUGCCGUGAGCUGGUUCAAAGGGAAGGAACUGAAUUUGGUUUUUGGAUUGCAACUUAGUAUGGCUAGAGUGGGUAGCACAGUAAAUAUGAAUGUCAUGGGGCUGGUGUAUGCUCGGAUAAAGGACGCAAUGGGCUCUGCAGGUUACACAACACUCGGAAUAACUCUCAUGAUAGGUGGAAUAACAUGUGUGUUCUCAUUGAUCUGUGCUCUUGUACUUGGAUAUCUAGAUAAAAGAGCAGAAAAAAUAUUGAAUAAAGAACAAGGAAAAACUGGU